GGCCUGGUAGUGAGGGUGGGGGAGCUCCCAAGAGGGGUAGGGGAGUUGGUACGGCUCGGAGUAACAGCCGGCAAAGAGGGGGAAGGGGUAGCAGACCUUUUCCUCCCCUGGAUAUGUAUUCACGUUCUACUGUUUUUCAGGAUCAACCACGGCAGUUGGCACAACAGGGACGGCCAGCUGUCACUUCUACUGGAGGUGGUCGAGAGAUUACGGGGCAACGCAGCAGCGGGCUCCAGGCAACUUUCAGCGGUCCUUCAGGCAUCAGGACUACGGAGAGCACUUCAGCAGUGGCAGCGUUUCCGGGAAUUGGUACCACAUGCAGACGAGGAGGGAUGCCCGUGUCCGAGUUUCUUGUGGCGACUUGGGGUGGAGGACUGGCUGGACUGGUGAAGAACUCAUUGGCACCAGGUACUUGGGCAGCUUAUUCAAGAGUGUGGUUGGAGUGGGAGACUAGGUUGUUGUCCCAGGGUUUACGUGAAGGGGAGGUUGAUGGUACUGGUGCGUUGCUUGACUGGAUGUGGGAAUGGGGUGUUUCUCAGUUGUCACAUUCCGCUAUGGACAGGCGUUUGGCGGCAUUAGCUUUCCGCUUCAAACUCUUGGGUCUGGGAGAUAUUACCAAAGGUUUUUGUGUUCGUCAGGUGCUGAAGGGCUUGAAGAAAGGGUUGGGUGGUCCCUUCCCUGACCAUAGGCGACCUAUUACUUUUUCGCUGUUGCAGCAGGUGUAUAUGGUGUUACCUUUGGUGUGUUUGUCUGAUUUUGAGGUGUGUUUGUUUAGGGUGGCGUUUGUUCUGGCUUUCUUUGGAGCCUUUCGUAUUUCGGAGUUGGUUAGUAAGAAUUUGGUUUCUAUGGGGGGUUUGGCUUUUUCGGAUGUGGCGUUGUUUGAUUACAAGGUGGAGAUAUUUUUGAGGAGGAGUAAGACUGACCAGCUGGGUAAGGGCAGAACGGUGGUCCUUUUUCCGAGUGGUCUGGAAGUGUGUCCUUGGCGAUGUUUGUUUGAGUAUUUUCAGGUACGUCCGGUUAUGGGGGGUUCGUUGUUGGUUCAUGUUGAUGGUAGGCCGUUGUCGCAAUUCCAAUUUCGGGCGGUUCUUAACAAAUCAUUGUGCAGGUUGGGUUUUAAUAGCAGGGAUUUUGGGUCACAUUCCUUCCGCAUAGGGGCGGCAACUGAGGCUUCGGUGAGGGGUUUAUCUGAUUCAGUGGUUAAAGGCAUUGGCCGGUGGUGUUCCGCCCGCUAUCGCCGGUAUGUUCGCCCUGAUUUAGGAGUUUAGGCUGGUGGUGUUGUUAUUCUCUUCUUUGUGUUUUAGGUGUCGAUCGUUUGUGGCUUGUUGGCCAUUCUUUCAUUUAUUGGGCUCGAAGAGCGGCUGCAGCCAAAGUGGAUGGAUUGCAGUUGGGUAUCCCUAAGUCGAGAUGUGAGGUCAAAUGGUUUGGUGUCAGGGGGCUACGUUGGGACAGGUUGUUGCCGCUAGUGGUGGAUUAUUGCAGACGCUACCAGCAUCCAACGGUGUUGUUGAUCCACGCGGGGGGCAAUGAUCUUGGUUUUCUGCCUCAGAGGGAAUUGGUGAGAAGCAUGAAGAGGGACAUUGGAAGGCUUGUGGAGUUAUUCCCUAAGAUGAGAAUUGUAUGGUCGGACAUUUUACCUAGGAUGGUUU